UGUAAUAUCUGAACCGGCGAUGAGUUUGGAGCCAAAGAGGCAGAGAGAAAAUGGCGAACGCAAUUCGGUUUUUUGAGUUGAACACCGGCGCCAAGAUGCCUUCUUUAGGCUUAGGCACUUAUCGCUCCGAUACUCAUCUCGUCGGCGACGUCCUCACCUCUGCAAUUAAGAUUGGAUAUCGCCAUAUUGAUUGUGCCCAAAUGUAUGGCAAUGAGAAAGAGAUUGGUGAUGCUUUGAAGAAGCUAUGUAAUGAUGGGAUAGUGAAGCGUGAGGAAUUAUGGGUCACUUCCAAACUCUGGUGUACUGAUCAUGAACUAGAAGAUGUACCAAAGGCAUUUGAUAAAACUUUACAAGAUUUGCAACUUGACUAUCUGGAUCUUUAUCUUAUGCAUUGGCCAGUCAGCAUGAAAAAGGGGUCAGUUGGCUCUGAUCCUGAAAAAUUUACCACACCUAACAUACCCAGUACAUGGAAAGCAAUGGAGGCACUGUAUGAUUCGGGCAAGGCCAGGGCAAUUGGAGUCAGCAAUUUCUCAUCAAAGAAGCUUGGAGAACUGUUAGAGGUGGCACGAAUACAUCCAGCAGUUAAUCAAGUUGAGUUGCACCCUCAAUGGCAGCAAGCUAAGCUGCAUUCUUUCUGUAAAUCUAAGGGAAUCCACUUAACUGGAUAUGCACCAUUGGGAAGGCAAAAGGUGCUUGAACAUUCUAUUGUGAAUAUGGUGGCAGAAAAAUUGGGCAAGACUCCUGCACAAGUAGUUCUUCGGUGGGGGAUACAAAUGGGUCACAGUGUAGUGCCUAAAAGCACAAAUCAGAUGAGGAUUCAGGAAAAUUUUAAUAUUUUCAAUUGGUCUAUACCUGAUAACUUGUUUGCCAAGUUUUCUGAAAUUGAGCAGGAGAGGCUGCUUAAAGGUACUGCAUUCGUCCACAAGACUCACGGUUUUUACAAGACCAUUGAGGAACUCUGGGAUGGAGAGUAGUGAGCAUACCGUGGAUGUUAGAAAACAUUUGGCUCUUCUUUAUGCCUUCUUCGGCUAGUUUAUUUGGUUGUAGAUUGAUUUUCAAUGCAGAAGGGUUAAUUGGCACUUCUGCUGAACGAUGUUUUUGGCUCAUAUGAUAGUUUCAGAUACAAUCUAUUACCUGCGCCAUGAGAGUUUAUGAAUGAUGUUGCAGUUACUACAUCAGAUGUUUGGUCUUAUAAUCCUACUGAAUUAAACAGAAAAUGUAACUCAGAGCACAUCAGGUUCAUUAGUUUGGCAUGCGGACCGUGUUUAAAAUUCUCCCACUCAUAAGAAUCUGGUCUAUAGAAAUUUGUCAAAUGUUGACAAAGUACUGUAGAACUUGCAAGGAAAAAAAUGAAAAAUAACCCUAAACAAAAACAAUAG